ACCUGUGUGAGUAAAUUAAGGAGAGGUUUACGAGGUGCACCUGAAGGCACCAUGCAGCCCGAUGACGCAGCACGUCGCCGCUAGGGGGCGUGAUGACAUCACUGCGUGAGUUGAAGUGUUGUGAAGGUGAAGAGAACAGAUGGAGAUGUCAGGGAGCUUUUUGUGUUGGGAGGAGGCUGCUUUUAAAGCGUCUAACGGGGGUAAAACUUCCCAGAAAAGCUUCUCAGGACGAAAAACGGUUCAAGUUAUUGAAUUAAAACUCAGAACAAUCAAUUAGGGCGAAGCUCGUGCCACCUGUUGGAGCUGCACGCGGAGAAAAUACGUCGUUUGCGUUUUGUUCUGGAGCGAAUUAGCAUUUUUAAAUUGUCAGGGUGACAGAGGUUGAUGGAGCUCUCUGAACGCGAGGAAUGGACGCCGUGGACUACAGAGACGACCUGAGAGUUUCUGCAGCGAGGAUGAGGUGGUGCAGGGAGGUGGAGAUGUGGCAUGAAGAGGAGGAGGAAGAGCUGGUGGAGGUACUUCUCCGAGGAAAAGCACCCUGGGGCUUCACCCUGAGAGGAGGCACGGAGCACAGGGAGCCUCUGGUCAUCACAAAGGUGGAGGAGGGCAGCGCGGCGGCGGCCGUGUGUUUGCAGGUCGGAGAUGAGAUGGUGAGCGUGAACGCAGUGUCCCUCAGCGGAUCCCGUCAGGAGGCCAUCUGUCUGGUGAAGAGCUCCCAUAAGACCCUCGGUCUGGGCGUCCGAAGGAAGAAUGAUCCCGGCUCGCGCCCCCAGUCCUGGCACUCGUCCAAGCUGACAGACGUGGAGCCGCAGCCCGUCUGGCACUCAAAACAUGAAGCAAGGCCCAAAGAGUCGUCCACUAUAGAGGAGCAGCAUCAGAUCGGUUCAGUGAACAGCAUGGAGCGUCCCUCUAUCCCUCCUUCUCCUCCGGCAGGACGUCUUUCCCCGACUAAACACAGCGCCGAGUCGCUCUGUGGACCGGGAAGCAAAAAAGACUCUGGCUUCAGCUGCUUCUCCAGCAACCCCAGCCCUCCGUUUAACGACCCCGGCACAUCUGAGAGGAAGGGUACCACCAGCACGGAGAACAUUUUCUUCAAGGGCCCUCUGAGUGAAAGGCCUCCCCCACGAUACCUUCAGCCCACACUGGGGAACGGAGGAUGGGAGGGGUCGAGAGGCGAGGAAACACCUUCCUCUCGGGUCUCCGUCGCUAUGAGAGCCAACAUGGGCCCCGUGUGGCAGGUACCAGAGAAGAAGAAGUCCCAGUCCCCUCCCCCCCCUCCUCCUCCACCUCCUCUGCGCAGCGACAGUUUUGCAGCCACGAAGGUGUUUCCUUAUUCAGAAGCAAAAACCCACGGCAGGUCGUUUGAGAAACUGACAGAGAAUAACAACCAGAAUGGCCUCAGAUCCCACCAGGAGAACACCACGGAGGCCAGACGUAGCUUAAACCCCCUCCCCACCAAAGACUUCAUCCACCCUAAAACAGCAUCUGACCACAACCACAACCAGCUGCACCCCGACAAACUCUUCUCCCUGUCCAGUAAUGAUGUCAGGCAGUCUCACUACACCCAGAUACCUGCCCACCAGAGGCAAUACAGCGACGAAAGCCCGCUCUACCUGCAGAAAAGGUCAGCUCCUCCCACUAAGAUUCAGAGCGUAGGAAGCUAUUAUCGCAGCCUUCAAGAUCUGCCAACGAGAGCUUUCAGCCGCAAACACGUCCGGCACUCCACAGCAUCCGUGGCUAACCCAAACCUGGAGAACGGGUGGAGGAACAGAUACUACGGCCUGGCAAACAAGCAUCCUGUUCAGAGUGCUGAGCUGCAGGCGCGGCAGGGGAAGGCCGAGGGCUGGAGGGGGGGGACGGAGAAACCCCACAGGGUGAGCAGCUGUGAAGCAGGCUUCCUAGGGUCAAACGUUAAAGCUAAAUACCCUCUACCUCAGUCCCAGCUGCCUUACAGCGGCAGUCAUUCCCAUCAAGGAGAACUCUCCGUUACAAGCCGCAGCUUAGAGGACGCUGCAAAGAGAGGUGAUGGAAAUGACACUAAAAGAUACUUCCCGACACAUCAAAGUAAUGAUCAUAAGACCAGGCAUCAAGACCCGUGGGUGCCUCAGGAAGAUCACAGAAUAUCCCCCCUGAAAACGCCUCUCCUACACUCCCUGGCCCAGGAGGGCAGAAGUCUGACGGCGAGGCAACCAGCCGCUCAGCCGCAGGAGGCAGGCGACAACAUGGCGUCCAGCGGUGGAAAGUGUAUCCGCCGCAGCGACCGCUACGCCACCGUCCUCCGAAAUGAGAUCCAGCAGAAGAGAGCCCAGCUGCAGAAGAGCCGCAGCGCUGCUACGCUGACAUGUGAAGCCGAGGAGGAGGAGGAGGAGGCGGAGGAGUGGAGAUCCACGGAGACUUCUACGUCUUCUGGGGUCUCAAACACCUACAAGGACCACCUGAAGGAGGCGCAGGCGAGGGUCCUGCAGGCGACUUCCUUCCAGAGACGAGACCUGGAGCCUCUCGGACCAGAAGCGACGGUGGUGAAAACCUCAAACGGACGCAUCAGAGGACGCAAGCGCUUCCCUCUGGCCAAAAGGAUGCACUCCUUCUCAGAGCCUGACAAGAUAGACAAACUGGGAGUGGGAGGAGAAGCUCAAGCGGGGUCUUUCGGAGACAGGAAGAAGUUAUUUGAGGCCAAACCGGCGUUUUCCAGGCCUGUACUGAAAUCCAGUCAGGGUUCAAACCUGAACACGGAACUUGUCGAGAAACAGAACGAGAGAUCUGGAGAGUCGGAGGAUGCUCUCAUAUCCACAGAGCUGGAACGCCUCAGCCCGGGACUCGCGCAGGUCUUACUGGAGCAGCAGAGGCUGGGGACCUUCGCUGAGUACCAGGCAACGUGGAGCAAACAGAAGAAGUCUUCGGAGGCCAAGACGCAGGGCAGGUAUCACUCAGCGGAGAACAUCCUGGAUACAGAAGCAGAGGAGAAGCCCGUGUGCAUCCACGAGAGGUCCAGAUCGUCUCCCUCUGCAGACUUCUACACGCAGAAUAUUCCUUCACCAUGGAUCGACCCUCCCAGCCAGCAGAGCAGUAACAGAGGGAAAACAGAGAGCCAGCAGCGACACCAGGCCGACUGCAGCCCACAUUCGGCUCCGUCAGUGCCCAGAAUCGAGGGCCCGGUGCCCAGAAUCGAGGGCCCGGCUGACCACAGGGACAAACCAGAAUCUGCCAACUCCUCCCACUCCAAACUCUCCUCAGGCUCUCUGCUGCCUCCACCAACCAAAGGCCUGCUGCCUCCGCCCAGGCUCCAUUUAGGCGCAGAAACCACAUCCUCCUCCUCCUCCUCCUCCAAGGAAUUCCUCGCUCCAGACGUUCUGUCCAGCUGCAGCUCUGACAGCCACAACUCCUCCGCUGGAAAACAGACGCUCAGAGGUGGAGAAAACGAGGUGGAGAAGGAGCAGCUUUCGUGUUCUUCAUCGCUACGGACGCGGUCUCCCUCGCCUCAGUUUGCACCGCUGAGACUUACCGACAAACCGCCGGCCGUGUUGGUGCCGGAGGACAUCGCACUCAGGUCAGAGAAUGAUUUGAAGCUCCCGGCUGAGAUGGAUGUGAACAGUCCGGUGAGGAAAGUCCCGGUGAGGAUCGUCCACUCUGAGAGCGUCUCGGAGCGAGAUGUUCGAGCGUAUCUGCCUCAAAACAGCGACACCUGCAUCGUCUUCGAACCACCAGCAAACUUCCCCUCUUUGAACACAGCAGAGCGUCCGGCUUCCUCUCUUUUCAGCGCCUACACUCGUCAGGAUCCAGCUCCGAAUCCGAUCCCGGAGUCGAGUCCAGCGGGGGGUCUGCGCUCAGUGGAGGACGCCAAGAGAGAGGAGCUGGCCCGAGACAUCAUGGGGAAAGACAAGUCUCUCGCAGACAUCUUGGACCAGAGCGGCAGAAAGACCACCAUGGACCUGAUGGAGGGGCUGUUCCCCACGGAGGAGCAGAUCCUGGAGGAGGGGCAGCAGCGCAGGAGAGCCUCUUCUGGAUCCAGACUGCCCACAUCGUCCCCCAGAAGCAUGGACAGGAGGGAGGAGGAGGAUGCUUCUGUGUCUGCAGUAGCCUCCCUGGUUCCCAGCUCCUCGUACUACAACACAUCAGCUCCCAAAGCGGAGCUCCUCAUCAAGAUGAAGGACAUGCAGGAGCAGCUGGAGGACUCUGAGGACGAGCUGGACGUCGACCUGGCCAGCAAGAAGCAAGAGCUGAUUUCCAGCCUGGCGAGGAAGCUGGAGGUGCUUCGGGAGGCCCGGAGGAGUCUUCAGGAGGACGUGGAGGACAACGAGGCUCUGGGUUGCGAGGUGGAGGGCACCGUGCAGAGAAUCUGUCAGGCCAACCAGCUCGAUAAGUUCUGCAUGUUCGUGGGAGACCUGGAUAAAGUGGUGAGCCUCCUGCUGUCGCUGUCUGGGAGGCUGGCGAGGGUGGAGAACGCCCUGAACAGCCUGGAGGAGGAGGCACCGCCGGAGGAGAAGCGGACACUAACGAGGAAGCGUAAGUUGCUGAUGCAGCAGCACGAGGAUGCCAAGGAGCUGAAGGAGAACCUGGACCGCAGGGAGAGGGUGGUGUCGAGCAUCAUGGAGACACACCUGGACGCGGAGAACCUGGACGACUACCGGCACUUUGUGAAGAUGAAGUCAGCGCUCAUCAUCGAGCAGAGAAAGCUGGAGGAUAAGAUCCACCUGGGAGAGGAGCAGCUGAAGUGUCUGCUGGACAGUCUGCCGCUGGACCAGAGGCCGGUGCUCUGAUGCAUGUAGCAUUUCCAUAGUGUUGUGAAACUGUCAGAGUUCAAUUCAAGACGGUUUUGCAGCUGAAGUGUCGGCUGGACAGUCUGGAAACAACUCCUAACUCUGCAGAGGAAACACUAAGUCCAGAUCCAUCCGUGUCUACAUCUGAGAGUGCAUGUCCAUAGUGUUGUCUUUGUGAAACUGUCAGAGUUCAAUUCAAGACGCUCUCCUCACAAUUAAGACUACAUUUCCCAUGUGGCCCUUUGUCGAUCAAAUAUUCUAGUUUUUAACGGAGCCUCAGGAACUAAUUUAGGUCAUUUAGAUCAAUAACUGAUUGACAUUUGAGGACCUUUUUUGCACAGACAAGAACACACAUAUUGUGUCGUCAAAGUUUCAAUAGAUUUUAUACAAAAUAUAGAGAA